AUGGAAUUAUUGCGCAAGGUGCAGGAGCGCACGAACCUGAACUCAAUCGUUAUCGGGACGCCACCAUCGUUGGACAUUUCUGAUUUCACGCUGUCGGGAAUCGGCGAGGUGGUGUCAUUGGCAUGCGGAAAUCGUAACCCCGCAGCCGCAGAUUGGGACGAAGACGGGCUACAAUUGUUGGCUUUUGGUGCCGACAACUCGAUCGCUCUCUGGGAUCCUCAGGCAAGAUCAGAUACCUUUGCGACUGGUGCAUCGGAUGGCACAGUAAAGAUAUGGAAGCUCGUUCACGAUGCCACGUACAGUUCUGUCGAUGUUGAACUGGUCCAAAACAUCACUCUCUCCCCAAAUUACUUCCCAUUAAACCUUGCGCUAGCCCAUUUGGAUGAUCAAUCAAUCAUUCUAGCAGCCGCAGGUACUCGGAGCACUAUCCAGAUCUUCGUUUCUCACCAUGCCGAAUUCCAGCUUUCUGCCACUCUGACUGGACACGAGGGUUGGAUUCGCGCCCUAGCAUUUACAAGAGAGGUUUCGAAUGAUUCCAGCGAUCUGCUGCUGGUGUCAGCAAGUCAGGACAAGUACAUACGUCUCUGGAGAAUACACCGUGGCAACGAGCUCCCUGCCGCAAGUAGCGCUCUCAAUGACCCCUCUCUCGGUGGCCUUGGCAAGUCACUUUCGAACAAGGCACAUUGGAUAGAGUCACGGGCUUCAAAAUUCUCGGUGACUUUUGAAGCGUUACUGCUCGGACAUGAAGACUGGAUUUACACAGCUUCCUGGCGACACCGAGAUGGCAAGCUACAACUGCUCUCAACAUCCGAAGAUAAUUCUCUUGCUAUCUGGGAGAGUGAUCCUACAUCGGGUAUCUGGAUAUGCACUACAAGACUCGGGGAGAUCAGCGCGCAGAAGGGCUCGACAAGCGCCACAGGAAGUGCCGGUGGACUCUGGAUCGGACUUUGGUCGCCAGACAGUAAUUCCAUCGUAGCCCUUGGACGCACCGGUAGCUGGAGGAAGUGGUCCUACUCCAUCACACAAGACACGUGGACGCAAGAAGUCGCCAUAACAGGGCAUGUUCGAGAAGUCAAGGGGAUCCACGGUUACGAUCUUAAUUGCAUCGACGCCAUCUCCACCUCGCAAUUCAUCUCUGGGGCGGAUGAGAAGCUGCUGCGCGUGUUUGAUGAGCCCAAAGGAGUUGCAGCGAUGCUCAAAAGGCUAUGCGAUAUUCAAAUCACGAAUACCGGUAGCGAGCUGCCUGAUGCGGCGAACAUCCCAGUCCUAGGCCUCUCGAACAAAGCCAUCCAAGCGGUGGAUGACAGCCUGCCUAUCGAAGACGGAGACGACGACGAACGUGAAACCGUAGAUCCCGCAUCUAUAAUUCGAAAAUCGACUCUUAACUUCAGUCACCCACCAUUCGAGGAUCACCUAGCAAGACAUCUGCUCUGGCCUGAGACCGAGAAGCUGUAUGGCCACGGCUACGAGAUCUCGGCGGUAGCAGUUAGCCGAGACGGCAGUCUCGUUGCGACGGCCUGUCGCGCGAGCUCGAUAGACCACGCAGUCAUACGUCUCUACGAUACCAAAGACUGGUUGGAAGUGAAGCCGCCCCUAAGAGCACAUUCGCUCACGGUGACCGCAUUGCAGUUUUCUCCAGACGAUAAGUAUCUCCUGAGCGUCGGUCGAGAUAGGCAGUGGGUCAUUUGGGAGCGUGGCGCCGAGGCUUCGCAGUACACCCUCAAGCAUUCAAACCCCAAAGGACAUACUCGAAUGAUAUUGGAUGCAUCUUGGACACCGCUUGAGCAGCCAACUUUCAUGACAGCUGGGAGAGACAAGUCGAUCAAGACUUGGCAAGUUACAGACGCAGAUGUACAGCUCAAGGGUACAGCAACCGUUGGAUCUGCGGUCACGGCUGUGGCGUGUAGUAGCCAGCUGCAUCAGGGCAGCGUCCUCUUCGCCUUUGCUACCGAUAAUGGUGAGAUCGGAAUAUGUAAGGCUGCUACCGAUGCACUGGACAAGGUGGAUAUCACGAUGAUCAAAUCGGAGCUCUGUCCGGCAAAGACUGUCAACCAGCUGGUGUGGAGGCCAGCUAGGACACAAGAUCAACAGCAGGUCGCAGUCGUGAGUGACGACACGUCGAUGCGGCUGUAUGAUAUCAAGGCAGUCUAA